CUUUUCGCGAAAUUUUGCACAAAGACAACUUCGCUGGUUAGAGAAUAUAAAGAUGGCAAUUAGCACACUGCUUUUCUUCUCAGCAAUUUUACUUACUUCUAUUGAAUUAAGUGUGCAGAACUGGUGGGGGCUCUCACGCAAAGUAUUUCCUGAGCCUAUGAUUAAAACUGAUAUUCAUUAUUACGCGGAUGAAAAUGGACUUCAUGAAAUAUCAGGAACUAUUGAUGUAGGAAUAAACGAAGAUGUUAUUAUUGGUGUAGUUGUUAAUGGUGUUCUUCGUCCAGCAUAUGAUAGUAAUCGUCAAAGGGUUGUAGUACUAAUAAAUACGAACGGUAUGAACCGCAAUUUAGCACUAUCCAGUCGCAUAGCUGAAACCAUGGGUUUUGGGCUACCACCUCGACAAACAAUGCGAGCAAUUGUAGGAAGUAUAUCUGAUAAUUAAUUAAAUUAAGAAAAACUAGUUAAUUCAAGUGAAAAAAAGUGAAACUAUUCGAAGUUGCAUCAAAAACUAGUCUUCAGGAGAAAGUGUACGAAAUAGUAUUUAUAAAUAAGUUAUAUGAUUGUAUAAAAGUUUAAUUUUACAUUGUAAUAUUAAU